UGCAAGUUAAUCUAUUCAUCAUUCGCAACUCUACUGCGCAGAUCAAGUUUGGUUCUUGCGGUUUGUGAAAGACAGUUGGAUCGAGUUAAUUUGUUUGGCUUAUUUUAUUGAUUAUAAGCCACAAUGAGCGACUGGGAAGACGAUGACGCUGUAGGUGUUGGUAUGGGCCCAGCGCGGACUUUUAAUGAACCCGCCACGAAUUACAACGAUUCGUCGGAACAAAAUUAUGGAAAUCAAGAUAAUGACCAAGACCAAGACCAAGGUUCAAGGGGUGGUGGAUCUACUGGUUAUAGAGGCAGAGGUAAUAGAACUUAUUCAAGAGGAGGCUACUCAAGAUCAAGGGACAAUGAUGGUGAAUAUGGAGAUAGGGAUGGUUCUCAAAAUGACUAUCAAAAUGAUAAUUCAGGGUAUGGUGAUCGUGGCGAUGAUGAGCGUGGUGGAAGGGGCAGGGGAGGCCGAGGAGGUAGAGGUGGCUUUCGAGGUGGUCGUGGUGGUGGUCGGAGAUAUGGAGAUGGUGGAGAUGGUGACAAUGAGGAUGGUGGUGGUGAUAGAGAUAACUACCGAGGGGGUGACAGAUAUGGCGAUAAUGGUGACCAGCCACAGAAACCUAGGGAAUUAUAUAUUCCACCCGACCCAUCAGAAGAUGAAAAAGAUAUAUUUGAGAGUGGCAUAAGCACCGGUAUCAAUUUCUCAAAAUAUGAAAAUAUAGAAGUGAAGGUCUCUGGAAUGGAUGUACCUGUACCCAUACAAAGCUUUGAAGAGGCAGGGCUUCGGAAAAUUGUUCUUGAAAAUAUUAUGAACAGUAAAUAUACAGUUCCUACACCUAUUCAGAAAUACACUUUGCCCAUUGUAAUGGCAGGGAGAGAUGUUAUGGGAUGUGCCCAAACUGGAAGUGGAAAAACUGCUUCGUUUUUACUUCCCAUUAUCAAUAUUAUCCUGGAGGAUCCACAACUGAUAGUUGCAGGAGAUUAUAUUGAGCCCCAAUGUAUAAUAGUCACACCAACUAGAGAACUUACUAUUCAAAUUCAUAGCGAAGCUCGCAAAUUUGCUCAUUCAUCAGUUUUGAAAGUGUGCAUGGCAUAUGGUGGUACAGGUGUGCGCCACCAAGGAGACCGUAUAAUGAAUGGAUGCCAUAUUUUAGUAGCUACACCUGGUCGUUUAAAUGAUUUCCUAGGUCGUGGACGUAUUCAAUUGAACUCUAUUAAGUUCAUAGUCUUAGAUGAAGCAGAUCGAAUGUUGGAUAUGGGCUUCUUACCUGAAAUGGAAAAAUUAAUGAAUAAUCCUAGCAUGGCACCAAGGGAAAAUAGGCAAACAUUAAUGUUCUCUGCAACCUUUCCUGAGGAUGUGCAAAGAGUUGCUGGAAAGUUCUUGGAAAACUACGUUUUCAUUGCUGUAGGCAUUGUUGGAGGUGCUUGCUCAGAUGUUGAUCAAAUGUUUCAUGAAGUAGAACGUUUUAAAAAGAAAGACAAGCUUAAGGAAAUUUUAAAUGAAGAUAAAGAAUAUAUUGGUGUAAUUGUUUUCGUGGAGACUAAAAGAAAUGCAGAUUUUAUUGCUGCUUUAUUAAGUGAACAAGGAAUACCGACUACAAGUAUUCAUGGUGAUCGUCUGCAAAGAGAACGUGAAGAAGCUUUAAGAGACUUCAAGCAAGGUACUCGUGGUGUUUUGGUAGCUACAGGUGUUGCUUCCAGAGGAUUGGAUAUCAAAAAUGUCCGCCAUGUUAUCAACUAUGAUCUACCUAAAUCUAUUGACGAGUACGUACAUCGCAUUGGCCGAACUGGUAGAGUUGGAAACAAAGGAAAAGCUACUUCAUUUUAUGACCAUCAACAGGAUGAGCCCCUCGCUGCUGAUUUAGUCAGAAUUUUAACUGAUGCUGGUCAACCCAUACCCGAGUUCCUGCAGAAUAUUAAUGUUGCAGAUGGUGGAAAUGAUGCCUUUGGUGGACAUGAUAUGCGAGGGAAUAACUUUGGUGGCCAGCAACAAGUAGCUGAGGCUGAAGAAGAAUGGUGAAGCUGUUUUAUUUUGCUGGUCAUGAAACAAUUUUAGUUACUUAAGAAUCUGGUUUUAUGUAAUUAACUGACCAUAUGUUUAACAUUAUCCAAUAUAUAUUAUCGGCUAGAAUCCAAAUAAUUUGAAUAUGACUAAUAUGUGAUAUUAAUCAUAGUGAUAAUGUAAGUUUGCUAUAUUUUAUUCAAAAUUAUGUAACAUUCCUGGAAUAGUUCAU